AUGUGUCCUAGGUGCUCUAUAAUAAUACUUGCGGCCCUGUGCUGCUGCUUCCACCAACCAAGUUCUGCAGCGGCUGUCCCUCACGUGCUGCGACAGGUUGACCACAGGUUUACUCCCAGAGCACCGACAGCUGGCGAGAUCCAGCUGGACCUUGGCCCGCAGCUGUCUAAUGGCUCCAGCAUUUGGUUCCCUGGGAGUGAAGAGUUCAGCACCGCCACGUCCCGAUGGAACAUCUAUGGCGAGCCCAACAUCUCGGUUGUGGUGGAGGUCGCCACGGCAGAGGAUGUUGCUGCCACGGUGCAGUACGCCAACUCGAUCGACAUGCCCUUUCUCGCAGUGAAUCGCGGUCAUGGAAGUCCUUAUACUCUUUCCAAGCUUCAGAAUGGGAUCGAAAUAUGGCUGUCCCAGCUCAACAGUAUCGAUAUCGCCGAGGACGGCAACUCUGCUGUCCUUGGUGGCGGCGUGUACAUAGAAGAGGUUGUGCAUACUCUGUUUGAGUACGGAAAGGUCGCAGUAACGGGAUCAUGUGCAUGUGUUGGUAAUAUGGGCGCUGGGCUGGGGGGAGGCCACGGGCGUCUCCAGGGUUAUUUUGGAUUGAUUGUUGAUAAUAUCAUCUCCAUGGACGUCGUGCUCUGGAACGGUACACAAAUCAUUGUCAAUGAAGACUCAUAUCCAGACCUCUUCUGGGGACUCCGAGGCGCUGGCCAUAAUUUCGGGAUCGUCACGAGCUUCGACUACAAGAUAUACGAUCAACCAUCUUCUGUCUGGUUCUACGGACUCUAUUAUUUCAACGAAGACCAGCUUGAGAAUAUCUUCAACGAGAUGAACCGCCAGUCGGAAGCCACCCUCCCCGAGGAGAUAGGCGGCGUGCUGCUAUUCUACGUCUGGAGCGCGACCAUCAAUGCAACGGACCCAGUCCUCGUGCUGACAUUCAACUACGCGGGCGGCGCAACAGCAGCAGCGCCCUACAUCGAUCCCUUCAAAGCAUUUGGGCCCGUCGCCAGCACCGAGGGCCAGGUCCCCUACGACCAGAUCUCCAACGUCUCGGGAACCGGCGUGGCCAGUCCCCUAUGCGCUCACGGCACGCAGCGCAUGCAAUUCUCCUGCGACCUUCUCACGUACAACGUCACGACGAACCGGGAGAUGUACGAGCUGUACAGGAACAUGACGCUGGCCGAACCCAGCCUAGUGGCCACCAGCGUCGUGUUUGAAAGUUACAGCCUGCAGGGGAUUAAAGCCGUGCCUGGGAACAGCACCGCAUAUCCUCACCGCGGAGACAAUCUCAUCUGGUCCCAAGUCAUCGCGUACGACUAUGACCCAGGCCUGGACGCUACAGCGAUCGCGUGGGGUGAGCAGGCGCGCCAGCUUAUACGCGACGGCCAGCCUCCAGGCGAGGAGUUUAAUGUUUAUGUUAAUUAUGCCUUUGGGGGAGAGACCUUGGAGAGUGUGUACGGUUAUGAGACGUGGCGCUUGGAGAAGCUCAGGGCUCUGAAGAAGGAGUGGGAUCCGCAGGGGAAGUUCAGCUACUACAUGCCCAUAUCAUGA